AUGUUCUUGCUCUUCGGAAUUGCUCUUAGCUGUUUUAUCAGCCUGGUCGAGGAGUUCAACGAUCGCUUUCAGGACGGCCAGUCUGCAAACAAGUCAGGAUUUGCGCGCUCUGGCAUAUCUGGCUUGUUCGGCUCUGUCGACGUGAAACCGGUUAAUCUGGAUAACUUGGAGGUUACGUUUGACAGCAUUCGCGGAUGCGAUGAGGCGAAGAAGGAGCUGGAGGAGAUUGUGGAGUUUCUGAAGGACCCCGAGAAGUUCUACAACUUAGGUGGCCGGCUGCCAAAAGGUGCGCUGCUCACCGGUCCGCCAGGGUGCGGGAAAACCAUGCUGGCAAAGGCGAUUGCCAAGGAGGCCGGCGUGAGCUUCUUCUACGCCACCGGGAGUGAGUUCGAUGAGAUGUUUGUUGGCGUUGGCGCCCGCCGCGUUCGCGAGCUUUUCGCAGCCGCAAAGGCCAACUCGCCAGCUUUAAUUUUCAUCGACGAGGUGGACGCGUUAGGCGGUCGCCGCUCUCGUUCUGACCACAGCACCUCUCGCAUGACGUUGAACCAGCUCUUAGCAGAGAUGGACGGCUUCGACUCCGAUGAUGCCGUUAUUGUUCUCGCUGCCACGAACACCCCUGAAACGCUGGAUAAGGCACUCACGCGCCCCGGUCGUCUGGACACAACCAUCACCGUUGACCCCCCGGAUAUGAAAGGACGUGCGGAGGUGGUUCAGGUGUACCUUGACAAGAUUAAGACAGACAGUACGGUCAGUGCAAUGGACAUUGCACGCGGAACAACUGGCUUCACAGGUGCCGAGCUCAGCAACUUGGUGAAUCUGGCAGCCAUACGGGCCGCGGUGCUGAACAAGACGAAGGUGAGCAGCGAAGAGAUAGAGUACGCCAAGGACCGCGUCAUGAUGGGGGCCGAGAGCAAGAAGAUCGUGCCGGAGGAGGAGCGUCGUGUGACUGCGUUCCAUGAGGGUGGCCAUGCUUUGAGUGCGAUCUUGCUGAGGGACGAGGGUGCCGAUCCUGUGCACAAGGCAACCAUCGUUCCCCGCGGCAACGGCAUAAUGGGACUCGUCCAGCAGCAGCCAGAGAGGGAUAAGUACAGUCAAAGCAAGCGCCAGUGCCUAGCGCGCCUGAAGGUGUGUGUGGCGGGACGCGUCGGCGAAGAGAUUCUUUUGGGCCCUGACGACAUCACGACUGGUGCAGGUUCCGAUUUUCAGCAGGCCACAAACAUGGCCCGUCACAUGGUGCGACAGUUUGGGUUCAGUGACGCCAUGGGCUUCGUCGACUAUGGAACUCCCGAUACGGCCGAAGGCGCCUACAUAUCAGAUGAGACGAAACUCAAAAUCGAAAAAGAGGUGCAUCGCCUUGUUGAGCGGGCCUACGUCGAAACCAAGGAGCUUCUUCUUAGCCAUCGCGCCGAUCUGGAGGCUAUCGCUAACAACCUGCUCAAGUAUGAAACUCUCAGUGGCAAGGAUCUUGAGAAGAUUUUGAAGGGCGAGGCUAUCCCAGAGCGACCUCCGCGCCUCUCACAUGCUGCGGAAAGCAAGGCUGCACCGCCACGAGGCGGAAACAGUGACCAGCCAAGCGGUCAGAGAACCAUUCCAAUCUCAUAG